AUGGCUGGUUCACAACUUAAGAAUUUGAAAGCUGCCUUGAAAGCCCGCGGGCUCACAGGCCAAACAAACGUCAGAAGUAAGAAUAAAAAGAAUUCGAAAAGACAAGCAAAGGAGUACGAUCGUGAAGAAAAGAAAAAGGCCAUUGCUGAAAUCAGAGAAGAGUUUAAUCCCUUCGAAAUAAAGGCUGCCAGGAAUAAGAGAAGAGAUGUCCUGCCUUCUAAAACUGCUGAUCGUGUUGCAGUGGGGAAGCCUGGUAUUUCUAAACAGAUCGGUGAAGAACAAAGAAAGCGUGCAUUUGAGGCAAGAAAAAUGAUGAAGAAUAAACGUGGUGGUGUGGUUGAUAAGAGAUUUGGUGAGAGAGACAAGUUGCUCACUGAAGAAGAAAAAAUGUUAGAACGUUUCACCAGAGAAAGACAAAGCCAGUCAAAGAGAAACGCAAAUUUAUUCAAUCUUGAGGACGAUGAAGACGACGGUGACAUGUUUGGAGACGGCCUUACACAUUUGGGCCAAUCUUUGUCCUUAGAAGAUGAGCUUGCUAAUGAUGAAGAAGAUUUCUUAGCUUCCAAACGAUUAAAUGAAGAUGAUGCUGAGCAGCACCAACCUCAAAGGAAAAAGACCAAAGCUGAAGUUAUGAAAGAGGUCAUUACCAAGUCAAAGUUUUAUAAACAGGAAAGACAAAAGGCUCAAGGUAUAUUGGAAGAUCAAAUAGAUGAUCUGGAUGAUAAUUUCGAAGACGUUAUGUCUGAAUUGAUGAUUACACAACCCAAAAAGAACCCAAUAGAACCUAAGACCGACCUAGAUAAAGAGUAUGAUAUCAAAGUGAAAGAACUGCAAUUAGAUAAGAGAGCCGCUCCUUCUGAUAGAACAAAAACUGAAGAGGAGAAGAAUGCUGAAGCUGAAGAAAAAAAACGGGAGUUGGAACAACAGCGCCUUGAUCGUAUGAACGGUAUGAUUGAACUAGAAGAAGGUGAAGAAAGGGGUGUAGAAGAUUUGGAUGAUGGAUUCUGGGAGAACGAAGAGGAUUAUGAAGAUGACAAUGAUGGUAUUGCUGAUUCUGAUGAUGAUGUCAAAUUUGAAUAUCAAGACAAGGACGAAGGGUUUUCUCAAAUCUUAAAGAAAAAGAACAUUUCCAUAUCUUGCCCUGAAACACAUGAUGCGCUAUUGAAUCAAAUAAACAAAUUAGACUUGGCUGAUCAUCCUAAGGUUGUGAAAAAUAUCAUCAAAGCCUAUCAACCAAAAUUAGCCGAAGGUAAUAAGGGAAAAUUAGGCAAAUUCACUGCUGUUUUGUUAAGGCACAUUAUCUUCCUAAGUAACCAAAACUAUUCUAAAAACGUUCAAAGUUUCAAAGAUACACAAAAUGCAUUGAUCUCAAUUCUAAAAUCCCUUUCAGAAAAAUAUAAUAAAGAGCUUUCCGAAGAGUGUAGAGAAUAUAUCAAUGAAAUGCAAGAACGCUAUAAAAAAAACUACUUUGAUGCUCUUUCAAAUGGUGAUCUGGUUUUUUUUUCCAUUAUUGGUAUUCUUUUCUCUACCUCAGACCAGUAUCAUUUAGUGAUAACUCCGGCAUUGAUUUUGAUGAAUCAGUUCUUGGAACAAAUUAAGUUUAAUACAUUAAAGAGAAUGGCUUUUGGUGCGGUUUUGGUAAAAAUUGUCUCCCAGUAUCAACGCAUUUCCAAAAGGUAUAUACCCGAGGUGGUUUACUUCUUUCAAAAAACAUUACUCACUUUCAUAGCUGAAAAAGAAAAUCAAGAAAAACCGCUAGAUUUUGAUAAUAUUAGAUUGGAUUCUUACGAUUUUGGGCUUCCAUUGGAUGUUGAUUUUUCCAAAAAGAGAUCAACUAUUAUUCCAUUGCAUACCUUAUCAACAAUGGAUACCGAGCCCCAGACGGUAGAUCAACGAGUUUCCCUCUUAUUGAAUGUUAUGGAAUCCUUGGAUGUAACUAUCUCUACAGUGUGGAGGGACUUACCUGCUUUCAAAGAAAUUAUUUUACCAAUUCAGCAAUUAUUGAGUACAUAUACUUCAAAAUACUCUGAUUUUGAAAAGCCGAGAAGUAUUUUAAACAAAAUUGAAAGACUAACGAAGUUUACAGAACAUAUCCCAUUGGCUUUACAAAAUCACAAACCUGUAUCCAUACCUACACAUGCUCCUAAAUAUGAAGAAAACUUCAAUCCUGAUAAGAAAUCGUACGAUCCUGAUAGAACAAGAAGCGAGAUUAAUAAGAUGAAGGCCCAACUAAAGAAGGAACGUAAAUUCACUAUGAAAGAGAUCCGUAAAGACGCCAAAUUUGAAGCUAGACAAAGAAUUGAAGAAAAGAACAAGGAGAGCAGUAACUACCAUGCAAAGAUGGCUCAUAUUGUUAAUACUAUUAAUACCGAAGAAGGUGCCGAAAAAAACAAGUAUGAAAGAGAAAGGAAAUUACGUGGCGGGAAGAAAUAA